AUAAAAAUAUUAGAUUAUUUGUGCAAUUACCUGAAUCUUAAAACUAAAAAACUACAAUGGCUAAAACAUAUGGAGAUAAACCCAUUAGUUUCCAGCUGGAAGACAGUGGCGAGUACUGGUGCAUUGGAUCUGAGGUGGGAAAUUACUUGCGUCUCUUCCGGGGGUCUCUGUACAAGAAAUACCCUGGCAUGCACAGACGCACCAUUACCAAUGAGGAGCGCAAGAAGCUUAUAGAACUUGGACUGUCCCAGCAUGUGCUGGCAUCAAACAUAUCACUGCUGCGGCUGUCAGAGGUGGAAGAUGUCAUCGAGGGCGGGGAGGAGAAGUACAAGGCAGUGUCUGUGCGCUCGACAAUGCCUACUGAUGCAGACUCUAGUGCCACCAAGUCUUUGGCCCCUGUGAAGAAGCCCGCCACCCCGUGGGUGCCAACAAUGUCCAACUUCUCCCACCUGGACGCAGUCCCCCAGGCCACACCCAUCAAUAGGAACAGGGUGGUGAAUAAGAAAGUGCGCACCUUCCCCAUGUGUUACGAUGACCUGGAGCCUGGGCUACUGCAGGACAAUGCGGAGCAGUCGGACGACCUCGUCCCUAUCAGGCUGGACAUGGAGAUAGAGGGCACCAAACUGCGGGACACCUUCACCUGGAACAGGAACGGGCACCAAACUGCGGAACANCUAAUGUUUGUAUGUUAUCACAAGUACACCACAUUCUUGAUGUUGCAAUGUGAUUACAACUGAACACUACAACAAUAAUUGUUAUUACAGCUAAACAUCCACGUGGGCAACAUCAGCCUUAACGACCAGUUCGAGUGGGACAUGGGCGACCCCAGCAACAACCCUGAGGAGUUCGCGACGAAGCUGUGCGCCGAGCUGGGGCUGGGGGGCGAGUUUGUCACGGCCAUAGCGUACUCUAUCAGGGGGCAGCUGUCCUGGCACCAGCGCACCUAUGCAUUUAGGUGA